GAAACCAUCCACCCACCGACCCACCCGCCUACCCAUCAAGGGGAGAAGACAAAACAUAUAUAAGAAUAAAGAUGACCGACCACAGGAAGGGCAUCAGGUACCGCUACUUGCCCGCCGUCCACCCCUUCCGCCUCCUCUGCACCAUCCUCCUCACCUUCUUCCUCCUCGCCGGCGUCAUCGCCCUCAUCGUCUACCUCGUCUACCGUCCCUCGAAGCCCCAUUUCUCCGUCGCCGGCGCCACCGUCUUCCAGCUCUCCAACUCCUCCACCCAGCCCAACGUCCUCUCCACCGGCAUGCAGUUCACCCUCGUCAGCCGCAACCCGAGCGAGCGCUCCUCCAUCCUCUAUGACCACCUCUCCGCCUACGUCUCCUACCGCAACCAGCCCAUCACUCCGCCUGCCAACCUACCCCCGCUCUUCCAGGACCGUGACAGCUCCAUCGCCAUGUCCCCGGUUCUCGGCGGCGACUUCGUACCCGUCUCAGGGGACGUCGCCUCCGGCCUGCUCACCGACCAGGCCUACGGCGUCGUCAACCUGCGCGUCGUGCUGACGGGAAGGCUCAGGUACAAGUCAGGACCGUUCUGGAGCGGCUGGUACAACUUGUACGUGCGCUGCGACAUGCUCGUCGGAGUUCGCAAGGGGGUCACUGGUGCGGUGCCGCUGCUCGGCGAGCCCCAGUGCGAUGUCGAUACUUAGAUAUAUAUAUAUAUACAUACAUACAUACAUAUAUAUCUUCCUCUUGUAAUUGCUAGCUACCUCCCUCUGGUGCAACUAAUCCAGCUUCCGGUCUUCAAUGUGAAAAUGUACGUCUUCUAUUUUUUCUUUCUUUCUUUUCCUUUUUUUUUGUUGUUAAAUAAAGGAACAUAAAUGGAGAUGGAGAGUAAAUUGAGUAAUGUAUAUGUGUGUGUGUGUGUGUGUGUAAGUUAUGACGAAGUUAGAUAAUAAAGAGAUGAAGGGUUCUUCUCCGGUUCUUGGGAA